AUGACCGACAGCGACGAUACAUCGGUAGCAAUCGUCGAAAAGACAAAGAAAGCCAAUGGAAACACAGCAAAAAUCCAUUUCCUCGAGAAUGUAACGGCCGACACGCGCGCGCACCGCGGAAUCCACCCUAUCAUCGCCCUCGAAUCCCACCAAGACCAUCUCGCAGCUCUCGUGCAGAAAGCCCUCCACUAUCUCCCGGAAACACAGCCAGGGAACGGUUUCAAACUCGCAGGCGGGUUGAAUCGCCGCCUACCCGAUUUUAUAUCUGCGACAAGAGGCCCCGGCAUGCGCUCCAACCUCUCCGUGGGCCUGGAGACUGGCAAAGCGCUGUCGGUUGCAUGGCAGAUCCCCAUGGUCGGCGUUCACCAUAUGCAGGCACAUCUGCUGACGCCGCGACUUGUGUCAUGUUUGGAGAACGUGUCUAACCCCGAUCCUCCCGCAGUGGCGCCGGAGCUUCCCUUCCUCUCAAUUCUUGUCUCGGGGGGCCAUACAAUGCUAGUUCAGUCCUCACGGCUGACGGAUCAUAAGGUCCUCGCCACAAGCGAGGACAUAGCUAUGGGAGAGGCACUUGAUAAAUCUGCGCGGGAUAUCGUGCCUGCUGAGUUGUUGCAAGAUGCCAAAAGUACCAUGUACGGCAAGACGCUGGAGAAAUUCGUCUUCCCGAAUGGCGAGGCCGAUUUCGCGGACUACAAGCCACCAACAACCCGGGGCAAAGAAUUAGGCAAGCGCGAGAAUAAGUGGGGUUGGUAUGUCACUACUCCAUUUGCAAAUACGCGGAUGAUGCAGUUCAGCUUUUCGUCGAUCUCCAGUAUGGUUGGUAAGAUUGUUAGUAGGAGGAGUGCUGAUGGCGGUAUGUUUCAUGACGAGCGCGUCGAUUUGGGACGUGAAGUCAUGCGUGUUGCUUUUGAACACCUUGCUUCGCGGACUGUCAUUGCCCUUGAGACCCUGAGACCUCACAACACCGGCAAGGACAAGAUCGAGACCCUCGUCGUCAGUGGUGGCGUUGCAGCUAACCAGUUCCUCAUGCGGGUGCUUCGAUCAUUUUUGGACGUGCGUGGCUUUGAGCAUAUCAAAAUUGUUGCCCCGCCUCCGUACUUGUGCACCGAUAAUGCAGCGAUGAUCGGUUGGGCUGGAAUUGAGAUGUUCGAGGCCGGGUGGAGGUCCAAUCUCAACUGUCGCCCUGUGCGGAAAUGGUCUCUUGACCCGAAGGCAGAAGACGGAGGAAUCCUUGGCCCUGGAGGCUGGUUCCAAGAGUAA